CUCGUUCCAGAAUCACAACUCGCAAGUCGCAAGCAAUCAAUCCCCUCACGCCGUCUUCUACACACGGCCAUCAUCUCCACCUAAUCCUCAGGCAAAGCAAGUUCUUCCGCCAAUCACAACAACUCAAAUGGCUCGCUUCGCCGUUGUCGCCGCAAUCGUGGCCCUCCUCGCCGUCACCGCCGCCGCCCAGGCCCCAGGAGCGGCACCCAUCCCGGCGCCCAAGAUGGCUCCGCUCCCGGCGCCCCCGGCGAGGUCCCCGGCCACCGCCCCUGCGCCGGUCGCCACCCCAGCCACCGCCCCCGCGCCGGUCGCCACCCCGCCCACCAAAGCGGCGCCGUCGUCUCCGCUCUCCUCCCCACCGGCCCCGGCCAACGCUCCUUCCGCGAUGACUCCCUCCGCGGUCUCUGCCACACCGGCUGGCGCCCCCAGCAACACACCCGCGAGCUCCGCCGUCUACACCUCGACCGUCAGCUUCGUCGCCGUCGCCGGAGCGGUAGCCGCCGCAUUGGUGUUUUAGAUGGAGCGAGGACUCUGUUUUUUUUUUUUUUGCUGUUGUUUAUACCGCGGGAUUCUUUUGAUUCUUUGUUACGGAUCGAGGAAAGAUUAGAUUGACAUGGCUUCGCGAUGUAAUCUUGUCGCUACUCGUGCGUGAGAUGAUUAAGAAUAUAAUUCUUUCAUUUGUCAUACU